UGCCAGCAUCGCCUGUGCUCAGCUGCUGCUGUUAACUUAACCUGACUGCUGCCUCUGUCAAAAUAGAAAAUCUCACUUUCUUUGGAUGGCUGUUUUUAGGGUACGAAAUACGCACAAGAGGAAAUAUGCACUCAUCUGUCUGUGCAUAGUUGGCUUCAUCAUAUAUCUCAUGCUGCCAGCAAGGGGGCGGAUCAUGAGCAGGAAGCUGGGUCUGAGGGCUAACUCGUCCCAGUUCACCCUGGAGGGAGAGCCCUUCUGUAUCAUAGGGGGAUCCAUCCACUAUUUCCGGGUGCCCAGGGCCUACUGGAGGGACCGGCUGAUGAAGAUGAAGGCUUGUGGCCUCAACACACUCACUACGUAUGUGCCGUGGAGUCUGCACCAGCCAGAGAGAGGGGUGUUCACCUUCCACACACUGCUGGAUUUAGAAGCCUAUAUUAAUCUUGCCGCUGAACUUGGAUUGUGGGUGAUUUUACGUCCAGGGCCCUAUAUUUCCUCCGAGCUGGAUCUAGGAGGGCUGCCAAGCUGGCUCCUCCGUGAUGGAAGCAUGAAACUCAGAACCACUUACCCAGGCUUUACUCAUGCUGUCAAUACUUACUUUGACAAACUCAUACCAAAAGUGGUUCCACUGCAGUUCAAAAAGGGGGGUCCCAUCAUUGCAGUGCAGGUGGAAAACGAGUAUGGUUCAUAUGCAAAGGAUGAAAGUUACAUGCUGUUUAUUAAAGAGGCUUUACAGUCCAGAGGGAUCAGCGAGCUCUUGCUCACAUCGGACAACCACAACACAUUAAAGUCUGGCGGAGUGGAUGGAGCCAUCAGAUCAGUGAAGCUGCGGAAGCUAAAUCACAGAGACAUCCAGGAUCUUAACUCUAUUCAGCCCAACAGCCCCACCAUGGUGAUGGACUACUGGACUGGUGGAUAUGAUGUGUGGGGCGACCUCCACCAUGUGCUUCCUCCAGAGGAUAUGGUUUCCACUGUGAGAGAAAUUCUGAGGCGAGGCAUGUCUGUAAACCUCUACAUGUUCCACGGAGGCUCCAGUUUUGGCUUCAUGAGUGGAGCACUCGCUGAUCCUUCCUACAAAGCUUUAGUCCCUAGCUACGAUUAUGACGCUCCCUUGACUGAAGCUGGGGAGUACACUCCAAAAUACCAUCUCCUCAGGGAUUUACUUUCCCGAUACAACAGAGGAGAAAGUUUACCUGACAUGACAGCCCUGCAUUACAGGGAGGCUUAUGAAUCAGCCAUCAUGUACCAGCAUUUAUCAUUAUGGGAUGCUUUGAGCUUCACUGAGGGACCCUUUAAAUCACCCAAACCACUGAGUAUAGAGAAUCUACCUGUGAACAACGGGAACGGACAGUCCUACGGAUACACGCUGUAUGAAACGACCAUCACCAGCGGAGGUUUAUUGAAGUCUGGGGACAACGUCCGAGAUCGAGCGCUAUUGUUUGUAGACAGAAGCUACAUUGGCCUUUUCAAACGCCAAAACCUGGAGCUUGCAGUUCCUGGUGGUAAGGGAAAACGUACCUUAAGUUUACUGGUGGAAAACUGUGGAAGAGUCCACCAGGGAAGAGACCUUGACAAACAACAUAAAGGCCUUGUGGGAGACAUUUUAUUAAACAACAUCCCCUUGCGAGAUUUUACGAUUUACAGCCUGGAUAUGAAACCCGGCUUUAUUGAUAGUCUCUAUCAGGCACCUUGGAAAACCCUCCCUGAAACUCCUAGCUUCCCUGGAUUUUUCAUGGGGAGGCUGUUUGCGUACGGGUAUCCGAGUGACACGUUUGUGAAGCUGCCAGGCUGGGAGAAAGGCGUUGUGUUUAUCAAUGGGAUUAAUCUGGGCCGCUACUGGUCUAUUGGCCCCCAGCAGGCUCUCUACCUCCCCGGUCCCUUUAUAAACAGUGGAAUCAACCAGGUCAUAGUGUUUGAAGAGCAGGAGGGUGACUUCAAGGUCAUUUUUGAAGAUACGCCUGAUCUUGGGAUGGCAGCAGAAAUCCAGUGAAUGUUAUCACUAGUUAUGAUAAAUACUUUUUUACAUUAGGUGCAAUUCAGGGAUAUACAGUAACUAUUGUUAUUUUUUGUAUGAUAUGUAUUGCUUAAAAUUGAUUGUUUAACAAAGUCCAAGUUAAUGUGAGACUCAGAACUGAUGCAUGAUUGUUGUGAACACCUUUAAUAUGAAACACAAGUUGUUUUGUAGCAACAUAACUCAUUUAUCAUUGAGUGAACAUUGUCUUUGAAUGCCUGACAGAUGAAGAACUGACCAGACUCUUAACAGUUACAGAGUCUAGAUAACGUUCGUAAGUAGUGCCAGUGCAAGUCAAUAGGGUAUGAAAUCAUCCCGAAUCACCCCAUCAGUCAGCCAUUGAUGGUGGGAAUAAUUGUGAUUGUGUAAUGUGGCAAUUUGAAAGGAUGCAUGUCCAGUGUUCAGAAUAAUGGCUUCAUAUUCCAUGGACUCGCACAUGCAUAACUCACGACUAAUAUGUGACUGGUACCAGUUACAAUCGAACAAUAAAUAACUAUUCUGAGAAUCCUUCUGUCCAAUCAGUCGGACCUUAAUGAGCUGAUGAAGAUGUCUGUAAAGUGGGCUGGCCCAUAGGGAUAUGACAUCUUCUCUUAUACAUAAGUAGACCUCAGUUUCACAGCUUAUCAUAAAUAAAUGAAUCUUAAGUAAAUGACUGUAAGAGAAGACAUAGUACACUGAAAAAACAAAA